GAGCAGUGCAGCAGACCAGCCUUGCCCCUCAGCGGCUCCCUGCGUCGCCAUCGUCUCCCUACCGCUCACGGUGUAAGCUUAGGGCCUGAAGAGCCGGAAAAAAGGGGCGCUGCACCAAGAGUAGGACGUAGCUGGUAGCGGGAGAAAUUCCCGCCCGGAUUCUCGUAAAGGGGCGAAAACUGCGUCGCCUCUGCUUUUCCCUUUCUGGGUUGGGAAUGUUUCCUUUGGUGACCCGCUUGACUGCUCCUCCCGGCCAGCGCCCGCGGGCGGGUGCGCUGCGUGUCAGUCCUUUGAAAGCCCAGUGGCGCGGGGCCGCUCCCGUGACGUUGCCUCUCCUCCUCGCCGCGUCCUGCUGGCUGCGCCGCGCCUCCGACCUCGCAAGCGUGCCAGUUCGGCGGAGGCGGAACACCUUGCCCGAGCCCUUUCGUCAGCCGCUCGCCUUCGCUCCGACCGCUAGCUCCAGACUUCGCGAAGGAGAGGCUUCUCUGGGGGACCGGAGGGACGCAUGCUCGGGGUCUGCUGCGGAGGGAAGGAGUCUUGCCAUGCGAAGGGCUUCCCCGCUCUUGAGAGGAGGAGAGCCGGCCCGGUAAUUAUGGUCAGUCAUGUCGUGGCUGGCUUGCUGGCUGGAUGAACUCCAGCAGUUCUCGCUGCUCUCCUUGUUUACAGCUGCUUUGGCCGUCCUGACCGUCUACCUGGUGCAGUAUGGCCUGAGCGUCCUGCGGCAAGGCGGUGGGAAGCCGCCUCCGCGGCCCUCGUCUCCGGGGCUCCUGCAAGAGGACGAGGAGAGCUCCCUUUUCACCUGGCUGCUGUCUCUGAACAGCUGGAGAAGCGAAUGGCAGAAAGCCUGGAUCGCGGCGCUGAACAAGGAAGCCGAAUUGCGGGAGAACACCUGCUUGUUUACCUUUCAUGAAGAUUCAGCACAUCAGAAUCAAGAGCUAAUGGUACAAGGAGCUGUCAGUCUGGUAAAAUCUGCUGAAGAAAAGGUGGUUUCCUGUAAUGUAAUUGGAAAUUCCUUCCAUUUUCUUGUCAGUGUAUCCCAAACUUCACCUCUUACUGGAGAAUGUCAGUGUUAUAGUGUAAAACUAUGUCCACUUCAUUUGCAGCUGAAACUUUCAGCAAAAUCUAAAGAGGAAAACAUCCAGAUCAAGUGGUCUUUCAUCUACUCCUCUGAAACAAAUAUUGAAGUCAAACCUAUUAACGUGCAAAAGGAUCAGACUCUUGGGACAUGUACAGUAUCAGAAACAUUUAAAAGUGUUUUGCAGAAUCUCAUCAGUUGCACAUCUCCUUUUGUGAUUCUGAGUACGAGAUCUACUGAUAUAAAAGAAAUACAGAAUGUACAGAAUACAGGGGCUAUUCCUCAGGGUACUAGUCCUCCUAAGCCUCCAAGGGCUCAUGAAUUAAAACUGCUCAUGAAAAACAUCAAAGCAACACUCACCAAUCAUAAUACUGCAGGUAUCGUUAACCCUCUGUGUGUAGUUCAGCUCAAUGACCCUUUGCAGAAGCUUUGCAGCUCUUUUGCCAAUUAUCCCAUGGACCUCUCUUGGAAAGAGGAGUUUGUUUUUGAAUUAAAUGCCAAAUCAAAAGAUCUGCAAAUCAACAUUGUAGAAAAUGGGGAGUUGGAUGGUGACUCUUCCAUUUCUGCUAAUGUUCCUUUGGAUUUAUUCAGGAGACAGCCUUCUGGACUGCAAAGUUUUGCACUGAACAGCCAAGUCAGCAAUAAUAGCUCUGCCGUAGGAUCUGUCUCUGCAGAGUUCUUGUACAUAGAACCUUCAGAAUCUAAAUCACUGCAAGUUCCUACCAAGCUUCCUGUUGCAAAAGUAGAAAAGGAUAGAACUGUGAUGCCUUGUGGGACUGUGGUCACUACUGUUACUGCUGUGAAAGCCAAGACUUUAGGAGAAGGGAGAUCAUCAGUUCUGCAUUCAGAUUCACCAGUACAAAGUCCUGCUAAACUGAAAGGGAUUGAAAAGGAUUUAUCCAUUCAAGCAAUCCAUUGUCAGAAUGUUUCAGUCAGCAAGGCUUUAUCUUCUUCAGAUACUGAGUUACUGGUGUUGAAUGGCACAGAUCCUGUGGCUGAAGUAGCCAUUCGACAGCUCAGUGAAUCUGCAAAGCAAAAGCUCAAAUCUCCCAGAAAAAAAAGCACCAUCAUAAUAUCAGGGAUUUCAAAGACUGAUUUAUCUCAGGACAGCAAAACUGCACUCAUGAUGGACUAUGCAGCAGCCAUGGAUGGCUCCUGUAAACAAGAUGAUACUUUUAGUGUUGAAGGGUGUCUUGCACAAUCCCCUUCUGAUGAAAAAUUAUCACCAUCUGCCUCCCAAACAAUAUCUGCCCUUGAAGAACCCCAGGAAUACAGCCAUGGUGCCUGGACUUUAGAUGACAGGAGCCAUCGGUGGCACAACAACGCACUACUAGACCAAGACUGUGAUAAGAUAUCCGGGAGCUCUGUAAGCAUCUCAGAAUCUGAAACUGUGAAGAAGUCCAAAGGUGGAAUAUUAAAAAAGAGUGCAAAGUUAUUUUUUCUUCGACGACACCAUAAAAAAGACCCAGGAAUGAGCCAGUCACAUAAUGAUCUCUCCUACCUACAGCAACCCAGAUCUGAUGGUACUCAAAAAAAAGGAGGAACCUUAACACGAAUUCUAAACAAGAAAAUUAUUUUCAAGAGCAAAACCAAACUGAAUGGCUCAUCAGUUGGAUCAUAUGCAUAAAUUCUAGAGCCUGCCAAAUUGUAUCAGCUGCACAUGACCAAUUGUUUACAGAAAAAUAAACUACCAUAUGCUUAAUGAGGUUCACUAACAAAGUGGUUCACAGAAGACAGCAAAGCAUGGAUAGGGAACUAUGGUUAUUAAACUGUAGAGAAGAACUACUUAUAUUUAUUUGGAAAUAAGCUGAUUUAAUUCAGUAGGCCUUAGUCUAAAAUAUUAUUUCUAGAAAUCAGGUUUAAAAUGUGUUUUUGUUUAAAAUUAAAGAAUAUCUGAGAGUUACAAUGAAAAACUGUUAUAUUAAUGCUUAUCUGUAGUGAUUGCAUUUUAAAAGAGCCACGAUGCAGAUUUUAAAUGGGCUGUUGUGCUGGUGGGAAAAUGGAAAGGACAAGAAAUUGUGGUCAAGGUUAAACGAUUUAAGAAAAUUGUAGGAGAGAUCUGUAUUAGUCUAUGAUAUCCAAAAAUCAGAAUGAGUCUGGGAUCACCUUUGCAGACUAACACAUUUUAUGAAAAGGCAUGAGCUUUUAAGUUUAUUUCCUCAGAGGCUAAUGAAAUAAGCUGUAGCUCUUGAAAGUGUGUAGCUUUUAAUGAAGUCUGAAAAGGUGCUACCACAUUCCUUCUGAUUUAUGAUCUGGGAAAUAUUUUAUUUGCAAUUGUGUUUAUGUUUGUGCAUACAUGUGUAUGUAUGUGUAUAGGAACAAUUCCUCUUAUAUGCAGUGGGGCUUAAUCCCAGAUAAAAAUGCAGAGCAUUGCAGCCUUAACACGCUUCUGGACGGAAAAUAAACUAUUGAAUCAGGAAA